AACCCGUUGCAGUGAGGAGGAUUUCUGAACAAAACGGAAAACAAAUAAACAGAGCCUCUCUUUUGCGAUGCCUCGCCCGGCACGCUGUCUGUCUUCCAUUAGGGUCCCGAAACAAGCCGCUGUCGGGCAGUACCGCCCCUCACCACCAGCCCCAUGAGCACUGACGGGCACGCGGGGCCAGCUGGGAGCAGUCCAGGCCCGGGCCAGGCACCCAUCAGGACCUGGCUGCAGUCCAGUAGGAGAAGGGCCGCCGCCGCUAGCAAAGUGGUCACCGACCCGACGGCCCGUUUCCACGGGGACGGGGUUCGCUACAAGGCCAAGCUGAUCGGCAUGGACGAGGUGGUGCAGGCGCGGGGCGACAAGAUGUGUCUGGACUCCAUGAUGAAGCUCAAGGGCCAGGAGGCGGCCUCCAGGAGCCAUGGGAAGCACAAGCAGAGGGUCUUGCUCAGGGUCUGCAGCGAGGGGCUGAAGAUAGUGGACGAAAAGACGGGGUGUGUGAUGUAUGAGCAUGACGCCAGGAGGAUCAGCUCUCUGAAGAGGGAUGAGAGUGACUGCAGAGCUCUGGCCUACGUCUUCCAGCACCUGGGCUCCUACACUCUGUUCUACAUCAAGAUGGCCAACAUGGCAGAUCCGGUCCUGGAUGACAUCCAGCAGGUGUGCCAGGAUCUGGACCAGGUCUCCCCAGAGAAACCCACACAGGAACCCACACAGGGACCCACACAGAACAAGCCUCUUUUGUUUCUGGAUGAGAGUGAUCCCAUUCCUGCAGAGGUUCCAGCUGAUUUGGUUGAACCUACCUCCCCAACAAGACCAUUAAGAGAGGCAUUGCCUAGCAAUGAGUUGGAAGACAUAUUCACCAUCCGAUUGGACGAGCCAGCAACAGCCAAUCAGAUUGCGGCCAGCCCUCAGCAAGGAUCGCCCCAGAAAGCCCUUUCCACUGCUCAGAUCCUGUCCAACUUCCCCGCUCUGCCAUCAAGGGGAUCCCCCUACUCGUCCCCCACCACCAUGGGCCCCUGGGGCCUCGCGGCGGGGCCCUUCCCCACCCUAUCCCCCCCGACGUCCCCUCAGUGGGGGGGAGGAGGUUCUCCGGCCCCUUGGCCGGGCCAGACGGGAGCCCCGGCAGCGUGGCCCCAAUCGGGCAGCAUGCAAGGCCCUGUGUGGCCGCCCAUGCAGGCCUACGGGCCCCCGCAGCAUCAGCCGCCACCAGCGCGGGACCCCUGGGGACAGAGCGGAGGGAUGUCUGCCAGCCCGGCCCCCGCCGUCACCGCACAGCUGUACCCCGGGCCCCCCAUACCUGGAAGCCCUGUGGCCCCCGCCCCUCAACAACAACCGUCUUUCCUGUAA